UGGCAAUUGGUGCACAGGUGUUGUGUUUGGCUUGUGUUUACGCACACUGUGCCCAACGGCAACAUGCCUUCAGCGGUUCUACCCCCGACUCGUUGUUUACCCAUUAUAUCCUCUGUUCAAGUGCAAGUCAACUAAGAGGUUGGAGUCAAUGAACUACAAUGGGUGGCUACUUUUUCUUCCUCACCUUCUGGGCCCUCCAUUUGGAGCACCCCCGACUAUGCGCUUGUCCAGGGAUGAGGGGCCAUCGAUGACUUCCGCAGCGCAGCGUCCCCUGAGAAGAGAUCGAGGGUGAUGUUGGCCUCGGUUGGCCGGUGGGUUGGUCGCAUAGGGGGUCUUUGAGUUAUGGUUCGGAGAUGAGCGCGCACCUAGCAUUUCUUGAUCACUGUCGCAUUAAAUAAGGC